CUAGAACAUUUCCAAGCAGCGGGGCCACCCGCCCCGUUCAGAUUAUCCGGGUGUAUAUGAUAUUACCCAAUGUGGACACCACGACAUUCAUUGGCACAUCGCCUCUCAGGAACCAGCUCCACAUCCCCGCAGGAUCAUAUCGAGAAUAUGGCGUGCAUUUCAGUCCCACGGAACUAGAAAGAUAUAGAUAUCUGAGCAUCGCGUUCGUUGUAUAUGUUAUCCUCACAUCUCUUCGCAGGAUUUGAACUGCUGGUAACCAUAUCAAUCAUUGAGCAUACCAUUGAUCGAUAUUCGAUCACUCACCAUCCUCACAACAACCCCCAGGCCCCACAACACCUUCCAACAACGCAACCCAACAAUGCUCUCCCCCAUCCUCCCACUCCUCCUCUCCACACUCCCCCUCCUCACCACCGCAACCCCCCUCCUCACCCGACAAUCCGACACCCCAUCCCUCACAAUCACCAACUUCAUCGCCUUCCACGCAGACCCAUACAUCGAAGGCGCGCAAUCCAACCUCAGCUUCCACGUCUCCGACACGCGGCCGGGGGCCCUCGGAAUCGAGGUCGACUGCGCCGUCCCGCCCACGUACUUCAACCUCUACGCCAUCAGCGCGCUGUUCGACAACUGCGGCGACAUGGCGAGGGAUGUGUGGUAUCGGUACUCCGAGACGGGGUUGACGGUUAGGAGGGGGUGGUGGGUCAAUGAGACGGCGUAUGUGAGAGGGACUGCUACGCAGAGUUUGGCGGGGAUUAAUCCUACUACGCUUGCGGAUGGGAAGUUGUGGCGGAAGGAGGAGGCGUGGGCUUUCCCGAUGACGGUUAGAGCGAGCAAUCCUCCGUAAACUGGGAACAUCACGGCGUGGUGGUUAGGGUCCUGUUGGGAUUGAGACGGCCUUUGCAAGUGUUGUGGUUGUAGUUCAGAUGUUGAAUCGUUAUUUUGCGU